AUGUUCAUCUUAAUCAACUAUGGAUCCAGUAAAAGUUAUUGCAUCAAUCGAUCAGGGAACCCAAUCAACCCGGUGUACCCUGUACGACUCAUCCAUGAAUAUCCUGGCAUCAAGUAAAUCCAAACAUACUCAAUACCACCCAAAAUCAGGAUGGUGUGAACAUGAUCCCAACGAAAUAAUGGAUUCCGUCUACUACACAAUGAACGAAUCAGUAAAGCAGCUGAAAGAAAAGGUUCCGAAUUUCGUUCUUGUGGGCUUGGGAGUAACAAACCAACGAGAAACAGUAGUGGUCUGGGAUAAAGAUACAGGAAAACCAUUACAUAACGCAAUAGUUUGGUUGGACAUCAGAGCUAGCACAGAAGCUAACAAUAUGGUUGAAUUAUAUGGUUCAGACCGCCAUUUCUAUCACAUAAAUGGAUUAUUGAUAAGUACAUACUUUUCAGCAUUUAAACUGAAGUGGAUGUCGAAUAAUUUGGACUGGUUUGAUAAAAGAGUUAGAGAAGAAUCCGUAAGAAUUGGAACAAUAGACACCUGGAUCAUAUAUAACCUAACUGGUGAAUUCUUGACAGAUAUUACAAACGCAUCAAGAACAUUCUUAAUGGAUAUUAACACUGAAAAAUGGUCUACGGAAAUGCUAAAAAUAUUUGGACUAACUGGUAAUUUACUUCCAAAAAUAAGACCAAAUUGUUCUGAUUUUGGAACUAUUAAUAAUGAUAAGGUGCCAGGAUUUAAGGGAGUUAAAAUACUAGGAUCAGCGGGAGAUCAGCAAGCAUCCUGCAUAGGUCAGGGAUUAUUUGAAAACCUGGCAACUAAAUGCACGUUUGGAACAGGGGCAUUUAUCUUGACGAAUACAGGUUCGAAAAAAGUGAUGUCAACCGGUGGUUUACUAUGCACACCAUGUUAUAAAUUGAGCCCAACAACCCCAACAGUGUUUGCACUAGAGGGCUCCAUCGCAAUUGCCGGAGCUGGAAUUACCUGGUUACAAGAUAUGGGACUAUUAUCAGACCCCUCAGAGAUCUCAGAAAUAUUGAAAAAGAUCAAGUCCUCAGACGGCGUGGUUUUCGCACCAGCAUUUAGCGGUUUGUUUGCACCGAGAUGGAGAAAUGAUGCCAGAGGAAGCAUAAUGGGUAUGACUCAGCACACGGAACGUGGUCACAUUGUAAGAGCAUACUGCGAAAGCAUUGGACUACAACUUUACGAGAUUAUCCACUCUUUUCUUUCUGAUACCGGCCUAUUAUCAAUCCCUUACAUUAAUGUGGAUGGAGGAUUAAGUCAGAAUUCAGAACUCGUUCAACUCAUAUCUGAUUUAACAGAUACAAGGCUAGAAAGACCAGAAAAUGCCGAAAUCACAUCAUUUGGAGCAGCACUGUUGGCAGGACUACAAGCUAAGUUGUGGGAUGGGUUGACAGAAGUGAAGAAAUUUACAAAUGGAGCAAACAAUACAGUUUGGACACCUUCAAUGUCACCUGAACAAAGAACCACCAUCAUUAAGUACUGGAACCUGGGAAUUGAAAGGUCGCUAUCAUGGCAUUUAUGAAUUAUAUGUAUUAGUAAACUCAUUAAUGACU